UAAAUGGCAGGAAGUAUGCGACAGCGGAACAGGAUUAUCUCACGAUAAAUCAAAGCGUGAAAAAUAUAUUUUAUCGUAUUGUCACGACUCGUAAGUCUUCCUCAAUGUAAGCAUCGGUCUUGGUCAAUUUCUAUUUAGCUAUUAAACUGAAAGGUUUUUAAUAGCAGAAGCAUGUGAAUUCGUAUUCUCAAUCUGUCUUUGACUUCGAUAUAACACAACUAAAUCGAUAGUUGUCAGCGAAUGAUCUGACGGAUCAGAAAUGCUUCUUUUAAUCUGUUUGACGUUAUUGGCCUUCAUUAGCUAUGGUUAUUGGAGUUUCUCCAAAAAUUAUAAAUAUUGGAAAAUCAGAGGAGUCAAUGGACCAAUACCAUUUCCGAUUUUCGGAAAUUUAUUAGACGUUCUACUCACUCCUAGAACCAUUUUGGAACUGAAGUAUUACCGAAAGUAUGGCAAUUUAUACGGAUACUACGAAGGCAACAAAACAGUUCUAGUAGUAGGUCAGCCAGAGCUAAUCAAAACUAUUUUGGUCAAAGAUUUUCAUUCACUUCCGCAAAGAUACGGAUCUGGCACUUUACAUCCCGUUUUAAAAAUGAAUAUAGCAGACAUUGUCGGCGAUGAUUGGAAAAGGAUUCGGUCGAUCGCUGCUGCAACGUUCACAGCUGGCAAGAUAAGGCAAAUGUAUCCGUUCGUUGAAAGCUGUGUGAAUGAUUUUAUGGUGCAUUUGGAGAAUAUCAUUCAGACAACGUCUAAUGUCAACAUUAGGGAUUUUUAUGGAUGUUUGGCCUUGGAAGUGAUAGUUUUAUGGGCAUUCGCAGUUAGAUUGAAUUUACAAAAUGGACUGGACAAUCAAUUUGUGGUGCAUGCGAGAAGAAUUUCGGAAAGUAAUUCAAUUAAAAAGUUUUUGGUCAAAUUGAUUCCGAAGUUAAUUUUCAAAACGAUCGGUGUAACAACCGAGAAGAACUCUUCAGGCAAGAGUCGACUUUAUUUUGUAAAUUUAGUCCGACAAAUGAUUAAAUAUCGAAAGGAAGGCGAACAAAAAUUCAAUGAUUUUUUGCAAGUAUUAAUGGACGCAGAACAAAGUGAAUCCCAUCAUGUUGAAGGGGAGAAAGAGUCAGAGCUGACGAACGUUAGAUUGAGUAGCCCAAAUAAAACGUUGACCGAAGACGAAAUCAUUGCGCAGACGGUUGCUUUUGUAGUUGCUGGUAAUGAGACAACAGCAAGUCUGCUCAUCUACGCAACAUAUGAGCUUGCGAUGAACACUGACGUACAAGACAAAUUGUUCGUGGAAAUUAACUCCUCAUUCAACACAAAUGGCUCGAUAGAUUUCGAUGAACUCUGUCGCUUACCAUAUUUGGAUGCAGUCAUAUCGGAAACUCUGAGACAUCACUCACCGGUUGAGAGAACUACGCGCAUAGUUUCACAGGAAUAUAAAUUGGGUGACACGGACAUAAUUUUACAUCCUGGGCAACUGGUCCACAUACCAAUCUAUGCAAUUCAUCACGAUGAGAAAUACUACCCCGAUCCAUUCAAAUUUGAUCCAGAACGAUUUAUGCCGCACAACAAGCACAAUUUGAUUCCAUACACUUAUUUGCCAUUUGGGCAAGGUCCGCGAAAUUGCCUUGGAGCUCGUUUUGGCCUGUUAGAAGCGAAAUUGGCAUUGGCUAGAACGGUACACAAAUUUACUGUUUUUCGAUGCACCGAAACCGAUGAAUGGCUGGCUACGGAUUCUAACACAUUGCUAAAUGUGCCUAGACGACCUAUCGUCGGUAUUGCAAUGAGAAAGAAAUAAAACAAUUAGAAAGCUUGA